AUGUGUGUGUCAGAAGCGUCAGAGGUGGUUAUCACCACUAUUGCUCUGCACCAAUGUACUUUUACCACGUGUCCCUCUGAGCAGAGGGAGAUUAUUCCUUGUGCAUCUCGUCGAUCCUCGACCAGUUCUGCUAUUCUGCUCGAUCUCUUCCCUUUUAGUUAUCCUUCGACCAAUGCAGUUUUCUCUACUUCGAGCUUGCCCGACCAAUGUGUGAUUGGCGGCGAUUAUGUGCUGACACUUUGUGUAAAACCUCGGAUCAAUGAGUCGAUCAUCAACAAUAGCGUUGAUUUAGGUCUAGUUAGGGCUUUGAGGGUUGAAAUCAAGGGGAACAAUACCGUCGAUGGGCUAUGGGAAGUUCGUGUUGGCCUUCCAACUGGAACAAGCACGGAUGGCGUCGUACGCAAGGGCGAUAUCUACGGCCGCCUUCCAGUUUCUGAACCCGUUUGCUUAGUCGAACGAAAAAUAACUGAACCGAAGACACCGUACCAUCCCAUGAUUGAUGUUGAUGAUGAGGAUGACGACACAUCAUCACCUGGCAAAAGAGGAAGUUUUGGAAAAACUUUUGAGGAUGCAAUGCAUGCAGAAGCUAUACGUACGGCACUGAAUGAUGUAGGUUCCUCUAGCAAAAAUGUUGUGCAUAUCUCGGGCUGGACUUCCUCUGAGGAUGACAUGGAUAUUAUGGAUCAUGAUGGAGAAGUUUUUGAAUCUGACACUAAAUCUGAAGCAGCAGGUUCUGAAUGCGAGAGGCGCAAGAACUUCCGGGAGCACAGAAAAGCUCAUUAUGAUGAGUUCCGCAAGGUUAAAGAACUACGUCGUAAGGGAUCUCUCUUAGAAGAUGAUGAGUCGGAUUUGGAUGCCGAACAUGAGAAGGCAAAUGGUCCAACUGAAUCGUCCUCAUCGAUAACUGCUGGGGUUAAGGAAAUGGAAAUCAAGGAAUCCUCGCCCCCCACAAAUGUUCAGAGGGAAGGCUUUAGUCAGCUUGACUUGGCUACUUAUUUUAUGUGGAAUUUUGUUCAUGAUAUGCAGUAUGUGCUCGAGAGACCGGGUCUUCUCUCUGCUCACUGCCUCAACUCUCCGCUCACAGGCUCGGUUUGGCGUCCUCUUUCGCUGGUUACCGUGUCUUUAUUUACGGAGACUAAGUCAGAGAAACUAUCUCGACCUGAGGUGAGAAAGGAAAGAGGAAUCUUGCCGAAGAAAGAAAGAUCGGAAGGGAAAAGAGAGGAUAGGUGGAGAGGUCGACCUGUGAGGGAUGGCCACAGGUACAAUAAAUACACUCCACUCAGGUCGAACCCAACAGUUGUACUGGAAACCACGAAAAAAAGGAUGAAUGGGGAUAAAAUUACUUGGACGAAGUCGAUGAGAGAAGGCCGGACUCUGAAGUCAGCACGUCGUUCUUUGGAUUUAACAGAGGAGAGCUCGUGCCCAUGA